AUGGCAAACGUAAAGCAACAAGAUCAGUCCGCAUCUGCAAUCCGCAUCCGCGACAAUCAGCGCCGCUCCCGUGCCCGCCGGAAGGAGUAUGUGGAAAACCUCGAGCGCAAGGUGCAAGAGUAUGAGCGACGGGGCGUCGAGGCCACGCUGGAGAUGCAGCAGGCCGCCCGCACCGUGGCCGUCGAGAACUCGAGGCUAAAGAUGAUGCUGGCGAGCCUAGGCGUUAGCGAGGGCGACGUCGACGACUUCUUGGCCGCGUGCCAGGACCGAGAGGCUGCCGAGGCCCUGUCGAGCGUCAGCAUGCGGCCUGUUCAUCAUGACCAGAGGGAUGAUGAAUCAUCGAGAGACGUCCAGGCUGUACCGCGGCAGGGCAUGAGCAGCGGCAAACCCUAUCCGCAUCCGCAGUCUGUGCCUGGGAACCAUCAGUACGCCUUUGCUCCCGGCGGACACACGGGGUCCACGUCCAGCUCCAGCUACAGCUCAGCAGCUUCCCGCCAGCACACGCCGCUCGAUGUGCUGGCGUCGGCAACGCUCCAGCAGAAUUCUUGCUGUGAGGGGAAAACACGAUGCACCACUGCGGCGUCCGAGGCGCCGAGCCCCUCGACUGUUGAGACCAACACGCGGGCUGUCACGCCUACGUCUUCGCCCGACGCCGCUGGCCUGGUGCAGGGCUUUUCGUCGCCCAUGGAAAUGUCGUGUAGUGCGGCUGCCGCUAUCAUUGCUGAGAUGCAGGGGCACGGGGACAUGGGCACUGCAAAGGCACGGCUGGGCUGUCGUGCGCAGCAAGAGUGUCUGGUGAAGAACGCUAUGCUGUUCCAGAUUUUGGAGAGUGAAGCACGCGGCAACUUUUCGUGA